AUGCGAGUACAGCGUUAUCAUGGAGAUGAAGAUCUAGAGUUUUUCUCUUUGGAUUUUAAAAGGAAGAGGUUGGAAUAUGGUAAGGUUUCUUUGUGAUAUUGUUUUAGGUAAUAGGCACGAGAGUGAUUGGGUAAUAUCAUACAGGAUUUUUGACAUAAAGGCGUAUUUUUUGUGAAAAGAUAGAGUGUUAGUUGGUGAAUGUUUUACAGUAUUUAGAUCUGGCAUACGCUUUGUAUUUUUUAGGAUUAGGAAUGUUGUUUUAGAGGUAUCAAUUUUGUCGAAGCCUUUUGGUUUGUUGAUUGAAAUCGUAAUGGGUUAUUGAUGAGUAGCUCUAGUUUUUUAAAAAAAGAGAGGUUAUUACAGUAUCUUGAGUAUUUGUGAAUGAAAUGAACGUUCUCACUUCUGGUUUUGCUAAAAUUUUCUAUAUUGUUUUAGGUAUCUGUCUGAUAACCUUUUUUUUCAAUUUUGGAAAUCAAUAUUAUGUAAAUAUAGCUGAUCGUAGAUAAAACUGAAAUAUUUUAGCUAAAUACUAUAUACAGUCAUUUUAAGAAGGAUGACUUUAGUUUUGUAUCCGUAUUUUCAUUUAUAUUACUUUAGGCUACUCGCAAUCAGAUGUUGGUCUUUCAAUUGGCCGUCGCUUUGGGAUGAGUUUAUCGCAAACUACAGUCUCACGUUUCGAAGCCUACAACUUGUCGAUGAAGAACAUGCUGAAGUUGAAGCCGAUUUUUGAGAGUUGGAUUGCACAAGCUGGCGAAGCCUUCAAACGUGGAAUUCCAGCUUCAAGAUUCUUGAAAGCUGACAUUAUUGCUGGUCAAGAGAAUCAUUUUAAUGCGAGCAAUAUCAAUGGGAAUAACCUUAACAUGAACGAUGCCAAUCAGGUCAACAUGAAAAAUAUUAAUUUAACUGAUACUAACAUGAGUAACAUCAAUGGAAAUCAUGUCGCCAUGAACAACAUCAGCCCUAACCAACCUAUCAUGAGUAAUAUCAAUGGAAGUUCUAUUGACAUGAGCCAUAUCAAUGGAAACCAGCUGGACAUGGAAAACAUUAAUCUCAAGAUGUCUCAAGUCAAUCAACUCCAGGACUUUCAGUUUGCUCCGCCAUUCCAUUUUGAAUUCUUUAAUUAUCCGGACGUGAAUUACGAAGUGGUUCCGAAUGUUUUCGUGGCAGGAGACCCGAUUUAUGUUGGCAAAAGGCGGAGAAAGCGGACGGUGAUCACCGAAGCCCAAAGAUACGUGCUGAAAAGAGAAUUCAAAGAAAAUCAGAAUCCAUGCCUAAUGACAAUCGAUCGGGUGGUAAAGGAGACGGGAUUGGAGCCUUUUGUAGGUUUAAAGGUUUAAUUUGGCAAAAAAAGUUGACUUUUCUUUGAAAUUUUGAUUAUUAGGCUGUUCAAAUAAUUCUGUGCUCUCUAGCUCCGAAAUUUUGAUUUUAAAGGGGCACAGAAUUUUUUGAAAAUCCGUAUAUUUAAAUUAAAACAAGGUUCACCCAAGAAUCAGACAUAGGCGAUGAAAAAUUUCAAACUAUUUGAAAACCGCUCAUUUUUUGAUAAGAGGUAGCACUUGGUAUAGAAAUGCAAAAAUAUAAAAAAAUUUUAAAAAUUCGGGUUACGUUAGGAUUACGGUAGGUUUUAAGAUUUUUUUGUAACUGUUGUACUGAAUGUCAGAAUGGAAUGGGACUUUUUUUAAAUUGUUUGUUACUAUAAGACAAUCAUUUUAUCUGUUGACAACUUUUUUUUAUUAUGCCCGGAAGGCAUUGAAAAAAAAUUAAAGUUUUCAAAAAAACCAUCAAAAUUUUGAAAAAUUUGAAAUUUCUCGAAAAAAAGUCACUAUGUAACAAACUUUUGACAACAGAUAAUGAAACUACAUGCUCUUACAGUUCUAAUGACACCGCGCAUGGGUUAUCUUAGCGGGGCCUGCGGUAGCUACGAAUUUUCAAAGUUGACACCCUAAGGUCAAUUAGCACAGAAUUUGACUGUAAUAUGGUUACAAAUGGUUAAAAAAGGUGUUUGACACAUUUUGAGCGUUUUAUAAGUCUUUAAAAGCAAUUUCCUUUGUAUUGCCUCAGGGAAUUUGUAAUUUAAAAAAUUAUUUUUUUUUAAGUUUAAAUUUUAAAAAAUUUUUAAAGCUCGGAAAUUAAAAGAAUAUGACUUGGCUUUUAAUAAAUGAUCUAUUUUGAAAACUUUAAUUUUUUUCAAUGCCUUCCGCGCAUAAUAAAAAAAAGUUGUCAACAGAUAAAAUGAUUGUCUUAUAGUAACAAACAAUUUAAAAAAAGUCCCAUUCCAUUCUGACAUUUAGUACAACAGUUAUAAAAAAAUCUUAAAACCUACCGUAAUCCUAACGUAACCCGAAUUUUUAAAAUUUUUUAUAUAUUUGCAUUUCUAUACCCAAGUGCUACCUCUUAUCAAAAAAUGAGCGGUUUUCAAAUAGUUUGAAAUUUUUCAUCGCCCCUGUCUGACCAAUGUUCGAUUCUUACGCGGACGUUGUUUUAAGGAAGUUGGAAGCGACGGGAAAAGGGUGUUUAUAAGACCUUAUACGUGAAUACGGUGCAUUACUAUUUGAAUUGGUUUCAUAUUUCAGGUAGUCCGAGUAUGGUUCGCCAACCGCCGACAAAAGUACAAGAGGGAACGAAUGUUGAGUAUGUCGGAUGAUCGCAGCGAUGUUGACUAUGACUUGUUCAGUGAACCGCCUUCCUUGAGCCGACUUAAGGAGGAACCGGAGACGUUUACGAAAGAAGAACAUGACUACAAGAAUGAACUUACUGAGGUAUGUUAUUUUAUUUUGUAAUUUGAUUUUUGAUUAAUUGGGAGGUAUUAGGACGUUUGAAAAGCUUGUAGCUGAUAAAAAAAGAUUAAUUUUAAAGUUUCAGAGUCCAGAAUCAUGUAUGCCAACAGUACCACAAUAUUAUCAACCUGAGGUCCCAGACCAAUACGUUCCAAAUGACCAGACUUUAUUUGGCAAUGACUCUUACUACCAAAAGACUUCAACUUACCCAACCUACUUCACCAACACUGGUGGCUACUAUUUUACUUACCUAUAA